AACAUUCAAAAAAGCACAUGUUUUAGUGUUGGGCUACUGGCAUGGUAUGGCGCACGUACAUGGCGAUCAGAAGCUGAAAGAUGCCAUAGAAAAACAAAACGAGAGGAAAGUCCGACAGCUUCUAGAAGAUGGUAUUGAUCCCAAUGCGCUGUUCCAUGAUGACGAUAUUGCCCCAAUUCAUUUGGGCCCUGGAAUUAAUAAAUCCAUCACACAUUUACUGCUUGAAUAUGGUGGCAACCCUAACCUCAGGACCCAGGAAGGAGUUACUCCAUUACAUAUCGCUGCCACCUGGGGGAACACAGACACACUUAAACUGCUGUUAAAGAAUGGUGGAGAUAUAACUUUACGUGAUGCUGAUGGAAACACAGCUUUGGAUAUGGCUCAGAAUUAUGCACAUGAAGACUGUAUCAGAAUCUUGCAAAGACAUUCCCAGAAGUUGAAAUCCAAAUUAGAUGCCCACCUGAGACAAUUAAAACGAAGCUGUUCACUAAAUGAGAAGACAAAACCCACAUCCUCAAGAUAUGUGCACCGAAUGCCAUCCGAGAGCUUCAAUGCCAGCCAAUAUGUAACUGCUGAUAGCGAUCCUGAAGAAUAUGAAUCUCUGGAAAAGUCAAAGUCUAAACCUUCAUUUUCCAUCCUGAAAAGAACUCAGAAUGGCCUGGUUCAUCAUAGUAAAGACAAACAGUUUGAGAUGAGGAAAUCUGUUUCAACAGAAUCUUAUGAGGAGAAAUACAGCAGCAAAAACACUGGACAUCAAUCCUCUGACCGACCGAUCCCUGCCCUUCGUAGGCGCACUGGCAACAUUGCAAAUCUGCCAGAGAAAUUUAAGGAUACUGAGGUUAAAAGUAAGAAGGAAUCAGAAGUUAGUUCUGAAAUGUUUCUGACGCCUACAGCCUCAAGCCCACGGAGACAUCGUCAUCGACCAAGUCGGCGUUAUCAUUCCGAUGAUGAUUCUCCAAAUGUUAGCUCUUUGGAUCAGAUUUCUAGCAGUGAGGAAGAACUCAUUAGCUCAACUAAUACUACAACAGAUUCUGAUUUAUAUAUUACUGUUAAUGAAACACCACAGAAACCAGUAUUUCCACGUAUUGACUCAGAUUUGUCCAUCGACUUACAAAGAAAAAUGGAAAAAUUGCAAUCCUUGAAAAUUCCGAUCGCUCAGAAAAUUGAACAGCUUCGUAAUUGCCUGAACAGACUGGAAAACAAUCAGUUAUCAGCUUCUCUGGAACAGAUUCUUCAUGAAAGUCUUAUAAAUGAAAGCAAGCCCAUUAGUGUACCCAUUGUUCGAGAAAGUUAUCCUCCAACUCACAGCCGUUUAUGGAAUGGUCGACAUAGAGAAGGCAGAACACAGCCUGCACAUUCAGUCCAUAAAAAAUCAAGUCCAAAUAAUGUUGAUAUAAAACUAAGCAUGGAUAUUCCUUCAGGAAAGAUUUACGUGAAUGAAAGGAACAUCAAGAAAUCAAAACAUCGUGGUCACCAAACAUAUGAAAUUCACCUGGAUUCCAGUGAAUCAACAGAGAAAAGCAGUAACAGAUCAAAAGAUGAUUCAGUUAUUGAUAUUAAACUGAAACCAAAAAAGAAAUCCCACAAGAAAAUCUAUGUCGUGAAUCCACCUCAUGGCUCAGAGUUUCCUGCAAAAUACGAAAGGUUUGAGUAUUUAAACACUGAGAACAAUGAUAAAGGUAAAUUAGUAUGUAAUGAACCAUCUUAUAGAGGACCAUAUCCUAAUGUAACAGAAAACAACCACAACAGAAAUAAUCCCAGGUUUUAUAAUCCUGCUGCUGGUCACACUGGAUAUUUGCCCCAACAAACCAAUCAGAAUGGCUGGGGUAGAGGACAGUAUAUUGACGAGAGGUGUGAUAGAAUAGUAGCGAAUACAACUAGUUCUCUGUAUCAAAAAAUACCGAGAAGUAAUGCUGAAAAAACCUCCAGUAAUAAAGAAAAGCAGCGGCAAGAGCCAAGCAGAACGAGAGAAAAUGGUCAUCCUUCUGGCCAUUUAUAUCCCAAACUGACCGCACUAACAGGUAAUGAUGAUGAAUCUUGUGAAAAUCGAACUAGUGUGCGGUGUGUUCAAAUACCACCAAGGUUGCAACAACAACAACAACAACAAAAUGUGCAUUUGAGAACAGUUUCUGGAAGAGAUCAUUUUGAUGGUACAGUAGAAGAGACUAUUGUAAAACAAGUAUUUCGACCACCACGCUCUAAACCACAAGCUGUUCUAUCUAAAAGAACUCAAGAGUUCAGAAAACCAGAUUCACAGGUUCUUACUCAUGCAGAAGUUCUACAAGAGGAAGAACCAUCUCGAAAUAAAAUUUCAGCUGGGAACAAAAAUUUUCGGUUUGGGGGGCGUGUCACACAAAAGCCAUGUCACAGAGAUAUUGCAGCUAAAACAACAGUGCCCAUGGUGAUGAACACGCCCCUUAAUCCCCAAAUUGCUCGUUGUAAGUUAUAUGAGACUGAAAGUGUAGUGCAAAAUAUGGAUGUUAAACGGACUGAGUCAAAUGUAAGCUGUGCUACUACUGAUACCUAUGUUACAUGUAGAACAACAGGCAGUGAAAAUAGUGAAGAGUUCUUUUCUUGUGAUGAUGGAACCAAUGAAAGUGCUCUUGAAAGUAAAUUUGAAAGUGCUCUUCAUUCUUUCAGUAGCUAUCUGAAAAAUCAAUUUGAACAAUCUAAUAGUCAAGAAUUCAGCAGUUUUCAAGAUUUUCGAUUCAAUACUGAGGAAUUAUCAAAAGCCAUGUUAGAACUGAAUCUGAAAGAAGGAAACGAUUCUUCUAUCGACGCAGAAGCAUAUAUGAGUAUGCUGUCACGAAUUGAAGAUCAGAUAAUUACUGAGCCACAACAGAAUGGUCAAGAAUCAAUCUCUCUCUAUACAAGCCAAUUUAAGGAUGUAAAUACACCUGAAAAUUCUUGCUACAUAAGUACAAGUGAACAAUGCCAACCAGUAAACUCACAACAGGUAGUUCAUCGUCAGUCAGUGUCACCUGAAUUGAAAUGUUACGACCCAAAAGAGAGUAAAUAUAACAGUGCUCUGUUGCCUCGGGAAAGUGAUGAAGAUUCUCUCUACCUUGUUUGCUUUCCUAAUAAUUCCAGUGCUGCUCAGUUUCAAUCAUUUGAUGAACCUGACUGUAAACGUUUAGUGCCAAAACCUCCAAAACUACUUCCUGAAUCACAGCAGAAGAAAUAUUCAGCAGAUAGAGAUAGAGAUUCUAAUGAGCCUGAAAAGAUAAGAGGUUCUCAUUCAUCACAAUUUUCACAAGUAAUGUCUGAACUGCAGGGUAAAUUCCAACGGAAAGCUGCACAACCAACCGCAUCUUUUUAUCGGUGGCAACCACCGGACUAUCUUCUGAAAUCUAAAGUCAGCAGUCCUGCUAGCAAAGCAGUUGGAAGUACCAUUAUCUCAAACACUCAUCAAGAAAAUCUUAAAAGAAAUGUUGGUAUAGAAUUGAAAAAUCACCCUCUUGUCAAAAAAUUUAAUCGGUCAGAUGAUGGUGAACUUUCAUCAAGUUGUGUUGAAAACUCAUAUCAUUUCCAUUCAUGUGAAACUUCAGGUAAUGCUAAUUGUAGUAACAUGGUCAGUGAACCUAUUGUUUCUAAGUCUAAUGAUGUGCCACUUAGGAUUGAGAGAACUGCUUCUCGGUCACACUUUGUGUCAUUUGAAGAGAAAAAAAAACUCCAUUGUAAACCAAGUCGCAAGCAAGGAAGACUUGUUGAUCUUCACUCUUACUAUACAUCAGUCCAAGAAGAAGAUGGACUUGAUCACUCUCGAUAUGUAUCAGUUCAAGAAGAAGAAGAAGAACAAUUACAACAAGUUGAUUCUCGUUAUGUGUCUGUCCAAGGUGAAGCUAAACCUGCUGAUUCUCAAUACUUAUCUUUUCAAGAAGAUGAAAUUCCUAAUUCUCGCUAUUUAUCAGUUCAUGGGGAAAACCAACCAUUUACUUCUCAGUCUCAUUAUUUGUCUGUAAGGGAGGAACCAGAAGCCUCAUCAUCCAAACAUCAUUCCAUAUUAGCUCAAAAUCAAAAUAAGUCAGUCAAUUCUCAGUCACAUUUCCUCUCAGCGCAGGAAGAUGGUCUUGGUAUUUCAAAAAUAAACCAUAUACAACAAAGAAGAAAGAGAAUUCCUCAAAAUGAACCAGUUACAUUAAAAACCCGAUUCACAUCCCCAACAGAUAAUUGUGGGGAUCAGUCACAUUAUGAAUCUUUUCAAGAUGGAAUGGUGUCAAUAGAAGGCCAAUAUUUUUCAACUGUGCAACAAGAUUCUUCUAAUAGUUUAAAAGAUCAAAAUCUGGAACAAUCUAGCGCCCUUGAUAAAUCUGCUGUAAACUCUCAAUGGCAAUAUGUCUCUGCCAGCAGUGGCUUUCAUAAUCGCUCUGUUACCUGGCAGAAUCCAAUCUCUACCUACGACGAACCUGAUGCAGUUGUUGUUCCAAGUACUGAUGAUAGUCUUUCAUGGAGUCCUGGAAAAGAUGGUCAUCCACCCCAAAUUCCUCCUUUUACAUCCACCUCUGCUUCAGAAGAUGUUACUUCUGGGUCUACCUCUUCUGAUGGUCUUAAAAAAUGUCUUGCAUCUAAAGAGUUUCUAUCUCCCGAAAAGAGAACAACUAUGUGGGUUAACGGACUCUACAAGAUUGAGGAAUAUUUUGACCAAAACAUAAGUAGCAUAAAUCCAGUUACCUCUCAGAGCAGUUCUUCUGAUAAUGUAAUCAACAUGAAAAAAAUUGCUGCUAAUGCAAAUAGGCCACAGCCGUCAGCACCACCUAAGUCAGAGGUGUUUAGUGAGUUUACAACAGCCCAUAGUGACUUUAAUGCCAUUACAGAUAUUUCUACUGUUGCUGUUGCUGGAACUACUGGUGAUAAAAGUGAUCCUUUGACUCCAUCAUCUCGAAGCCCUCAACGUCCUACUUUGUAUCCAUCCCUUCAUGAUCCUCUUCCUAAUCCUGCUUCAAGUCCCACGCGAGAAGGUAAGGAACCAAUGAUUAAAAAUAGAUUGGCCAAUGAUGCUUCUGUUCAUGUGUCUUCUGAUGAAAAGCAAAAAGUUAAUGUUGGGUCAUCAGCAAACUUUAUUAAUAAUGUUAAUGAUGAUGACCAAAUUGGUUUUGUAAGAAAUAAGACAGCAAUGUGUGCCAUUAAUGUCCUUCCUUCAGUUAGUUCAAAAGGAUUAGAACAGGAAUUGCCAAAUAUUAAAAAGGAACUAGUGAAUUCUAAAGCUAAUAAAAAUAUUUCUACUCAGACACCUAUUCUAAGGAUCCCACCCAGCCCUCCAACUAAAAAAGCCAAUUCACACUUGCCUAAACCCCCAAACCACCUUAAGAAAUCUUCUAAUUCUUCUAAUAUAACUAUUACUAGUUAUACCAAUGAUUCUAAAUCACCAAAGCGUUUUGAAAAAUUACGAAAGACAAUCGUUAAUUUAAAAAAAUUGCUUCCCAGUGGAAAAUCUGAGAGAAAAUCUGGAAAAAGCCCAUUUAUCAGUGUUGAUAGAAGUCCUAAGUUUUUUUCUUCAAAUCCUGGCCGAUCAGUUGCAAAGACUGGUACUUCAGGAACACAAACUGAUACACCAAUUUAUUAUGAACCCACUCUCCCAACAGUACAAGUUACUAAAUCUGAUGAACUCUCUCUCUCUGUAAAUUUUUCAGAGCACCUGUCUGAUUACUCUGAGAAAUACCCUGGUUCCAUUAUAGAUCACCUUAAACAUCCAAAUCUUUCUGAUGCCUUGGACAUUUGUAGUUCUUCUGGAGCAACUUCAGGUUCUAUAGAAAGAUUCUUGACUCCAUAUCAAGAAGAAAAUGAGCAAGCACCUGUUGGUUUUGACGAGGUUGACUUCAUGCCAACUCUUUCACAGGCAAAUAAGAUCGUUGCUACUGUACAUUAUGGAGAAACAUAUCGGAGCUGUAUCAAAUUGCCAGAUAAACAUGACAAAGAUAUCAAAUUCAUACACAUAGACCCUGAAAGACACAUCAAUUUUAUUGAGCGUCGCAUUUCUGUUGAACCUGAAAGCAGCCAUUCAGACGACUCUGUGGACGCUAAAAAGCAUUUAUCACCUGAGGAAACUUCUAGUGAAAGCAGUGAUGAGUUAUUCUGGAAGUCGUAUAGCAAAGCCAAAAGGGAUAAAACCCUCACCGAUUCAAAACUUUUACAGCUACAAAGUGUCCUCAAGAGCCACGGUUCUUUUACAGAUGAUGGUCUGAAGAAAAUAUUUGUAGAUUUUGAUUUGCCACAUCCAGGUCCAAUCACUUCAACUACUCGGGGAAUGUACAUCAAUCGCCUGAAGGCUAUUGCAAACGGAACUCUAUCUCCUAAAGUUUUACCCUCCCCAGAUUAUCCUGUCACUCUGCGUCAAGCUAUGAGGGAGCUACCCAACUGGACAGAAACUAUUGAGAUGGAGCAGAAGAUGGUGGAGAAGUUUGAAAGUUCCAAAUAUAGUCAGAAACGCAAAGGUGGAAAUUUGAAGCAUUUUUUCACAUAUCUGCUUCUGGAUCCUCGAGUAACCAAGAAUCUCCCAUUUCAAGCAUCUAAAAUUGGAGAUAAAUCUGAACUGUUCCGUAAUUUUGUAUAUGCCAUAUUUUAUGUUGGCAAAGGUACACGUGAUCGUCCUUACAGUCACUUGUAUGAAGCUAUGAAACGUCUCAACAGCAAGGAAACUAAGAAUGAUGAAAAGUUAUCACACAUUAUUGACAUUUGGAAUGAUGAACAAGGGGUGAUAUCCCUCCAUUGUUUUCAAGGAGUCAUUUCUGAUGAAGCACACUCCAGAGAAGCUUGCAUUAUAGAUGCUAUUGGUCUUUUUAAUUUAACAAACAAGAUGCGUGGCACUUGCUAUGGUCUCACAGCAAAAUGGUCUGCAUCCCAAAAACGGAGGAUGGGAACAUAUUGGCUUUAUAAAGCUUUCCAAAUUUUUCUGGCUGAAGGAGAGCGUCAAAUCUUUCCUAUUGAUCUCGACUGUAAAAGUUGAUCCCUGCAUUCUCCAUCCACUCUUCAACACAUCUUUUCACAUUCUGCAUUCAAUGAUUGCCAUCCAUGCAUAUUUCUCUUAUAGUACCCUGUCUGCCAUUUACAUUUUGUUCUCUUGCCAUUAUCAACAAUGUCAUGUACCUAGCUCUCAAAAUUUUUAAUAAGCAGUCAAUUCAUUAUGCCUUUGUAUAUAUAUAUAUGUAUGCAUAUAUGUAUGUAUAUACAUACACAGACACACACACACACACACAUAUAUAUAAA